UCCAAAAUAUAAAUCUAUUCUAAAUAUACCGGCAAAAUUAAAAUUUAAAGUUUUUUCUUAUUUUUAUUUAGAAAAUGAGUCUUUAUUUUGUAAAAAAAAAAAAACCCAUUAUUAUCAUAUCCAAUAUUCAAUCCAUAUUAAAAGUCCACCAUAAUGACAAUAAUCAUCCCGGUGUCAACACAACAAUUAAAAAUAUAGAAUCCGUAUAUGCUUCAAUUCCUCAAAAGAUCGUUAUAAAAUAUAUCCAAAAUUGUCCAAUCUGCUCUAUAAAAAAAAAUCUUCCAAAGGCGCCAGUUGGAAAACCUUUAGUAAGCCAUUCCGUCUGGGGGCGGGUGGAAAUAGAUUUAAUUGAUAUGUCAUCUACACCAGAUGGUAUCUAUAAAUAUAUAUUCCACCUUAAAGAUCAUUUGAGCAAGUUUACAUGCGCUAGUGCUCUGCCGUCAAAAAAAGCGGAAGGAAUUGUUGAUAUUUUAAGAAACUUAUUUUAUCAAUUUGGGCCUCCAAAAAUUGUGCAGAGUGACAAUGGUAGGGAAUUUAAGAAUAACUUAUUUACAGAGAUGAUAAAUACGGAGUUUCCAUCCAUAAUGAUUAUUCAUUCCAGGCCUAGGCACCCUGAGACAAACGGGCUCAUCGAAAGAGCAAAUUCUACCUUGGAAACGCGCAUAUCUGCGUAUAUGUUGGAAACUAAAAAAACUACUGGGCCCACCAGCUUCCCAAAAUUGUUUCUAAAAUAAAUAACAAUUAUAGUAGAAUCAUUAAAAGCACACCUUACGAGGUAUUUUACGCUCGUGAUCAUAACCAAGAAAUAAUCUCUAGUACAAAUGAAAUGGAUUUAACAUCAUGUUCUGAUAAUGAUGAAGGAUUCUCCAACACAAGGGCGGCCAAUAUUUUUUUCGAUUCUAACGAACCCUCGACAUCAAAUAAUGAUAUGUGGAUGAUUGAUACACCUUAUCAGUUGCCAGACCAUACAUCUUCCGAAUCCGAUAGUACUUCUUCGAUAAUUGAAAUUGAUGCUAUAAAAGAGAAAUAUACUCAUACGAUUGAUGUGGAGGACUCGAUCGAUAGCAAUGAUUUAACCAUUAUUGAUCACAUUCCUGGCAAUUCUCUGCUCCUUACCGAGCCUACAGAAUUAGAUGUUAGACAAUAUAAAAAUCUAAAUACAUAUAUUAAAGAAGAAGAUUCAAAUAGUAAUAGCAGCGAUUUAGCAUAUAUUGAACAUGUUAGUGCAACUCGUCCAAUCAAAGAGUAUAACGUCAUGGAUAGCAAAUGUUUAUUUACUUGUGAAUCAGAAGAGUCGGAUUUAGAUUUAACCAUUAUUGAGCCUUUUCAUGCUCCUUUGCCUCAAGUUGAAGAAGAUAAAAUAAUAGGUACGUGUGCUGGAAGAAUUUCAACACCGUUUAUUGCCUCUAGUCUGUAUAAAACGAUAAAAUUAAAUGAUUUUGAAGUUCCCGACAAAGGUAUAUCAAUCAUAGGAGCCUCCCGGAGUGUUACAAACUAUGGGAAAACGUCGUUAUGUAAUUGCAAAAUGGGUUGCAUGAACAAAAGAUGCGAAUGUUACAAGAACAAUCUUAAAUGUUCAACUAAAUGUCAUGUAUCAUUAAAUAAUUGUUGUAAUAAAUAAUUUAUUUUUUAAUUCCGAUUUUUU